GCUAAACUGUGGUCAUGCGGUACGACGGAGCUGCUAACAUUUGUGCCUGAUUAAAAUUACAUAUAACAAACAAAACCUUUUUAUUGUUCCAUUUUCAUUACUGAUUACUGAGCGGAGAAGGAUCUUAAGCUCCGGUAGUUCGUUUAUGUUACGUGGCCAUUAGAAGUGUUCGUGUUUUCUAGUUUGGGGCUUUCAGGGGUCCUUUUAAUGCACAUGACGUCACAGCAUCAGCCCGUUUUUAUCCGUGUAGUAAAACAGUCUGUAAGCGCGUGUUAAUACCGGGUUAAUACCGGGUUAAUACCGGGUGAUUACCGGGUGAGUAGCGGGUUUACUCAGGCGUACAGCGGUGAGUGAUGGCGGCGGUGGAGGACAGCAGGAUGCCCGGGGUGUUGGCGUUUCAGACUCAGAUCGCCUCAGUGAUGGAGGUGUUCGCCAACGCCGCUGUGGCCGAGAUCUGUAAAGUUGUGGAGGUCAGUUACACUGAGCUACAGAUGGAGAUAGUGAAGAGUCAGAAGGAGAACACGCUCCUCAAACGGAGACUGAAGAUGAUCGAAAUGCGGGAGUCGUUUUAUAAACGAACCAACAGGCUGAAGGAGUCAUCAGGGGGAGAGGGCGGAAGGGUACGGGUGAAGAUCGACACAGUAGAGCGUGAACGGCGACCCACUGAGGAAACACUUCCACAUGAUACUGUAACAUGCACAUCUGCUCAACAGGAGUGUGUGAUGGAGUGUGUGGAGCAGGACGGACAGUCAGACCUUCUCAUGCUGAAACAGGAGAGAACAGAGAGCAUCAGUAAAGUGCAGGAGACUGAGACCAGAGACACAACAGGCAGAGAAAACAUCCUGCAGCAUGAUUCACUCCAACAACAGGAGUCUGAUGAAGAAUGUGACUUUCUGAAGGAAGAACAACAUGAGGAGAGAGGAGACGCAUCAGCACGCGAUGGAAGUUGUCCUGAUGAAGGCACUUCAAGUAUAGAAGCUGACAACGACGACGCUGUAGCUGAUGCAUCGUGGGAAAGCAGCAUGUUUGAGUCUUCCACACACAGCAUCCCAUACUCCGGACCGGACACGAGUGCAGGAGUGUCCAUUAAUGAUUAUUUCCUGCACAGAGACGCCGUGUGUUCUUAUGGCACCGAGGCUGGAUCUGUUAGUAAUGCGUCUUUUCCUGAAGGCCACUUUCCACACGCUGACGAGCGAAUUGCCUCUCAGUCCCACACCGGCCUAUUUAAACCAGAGAGGUUUGUGGUGUGUAAAUAUUGUGGGAAACACUUCCCCCAUACCAGUGCACUCGUCCUGCAUCAGCGUGUCCACACGGGGGAGAAGCCGUACUACUGCGCGCUGUGUGGGAAACGUUUCAGUCAAGCAUCCAGUCUGAAGAAACACUACGGCAUGCACAGAGGCGAGAAGCCCUUCAGCUGUCUGCACUGUGGAAAACUGUUCUCAGAUCAGAGCAAUCUGAAGAAGCAUGUUAAUGUGCACACUGGGGAAAAACCGUACGGCUGUGUGCAGUGUGGCAAAACCUUUAAUCAGUCAUCCAACCUGAAGACACACAUGAAGAUCCACACACGGGAGAAACCGUUUAGCUGUGAGCACUGUGGCCAGAUCUUUGCCUACAAGAGCAGUCUGGUGAAACAUCAGCAGAGGAACUGCCUUACUCUGCAGAACCCACUGCAGAACCCACUGCAACAGUUUUAGACCUUUUUAAGUCUGGAUUUUUUGUUCUCCAUUCGACAGUUUUAUAAAUAUCCUGUAUGCGGUUAGACGACAUCUGACCUGAACUCCAGUAACUCGUUCAUGUGAUUUUUUUUUUUUUUUAAUUCUCUCCGAAUGAACAGUAACUGUGUUCUUCCUUCCUUUCCAGAGAACAUUCCUGCAGAUACUUCCAGGCAAACACACAUUAAAAGCAUACACUCUGUCCCUUGCCUAGUGCUCUAAUAUAAAUAUCCUUGUUAAAGACCUGCAGACACUCUGUGAUGACUUUAUUAGGUUUUGCUGCAUUCCCAAGUGAAGUGAUAAAUACAGAAUCCAUUGUUUCCCUUUUAAUAAACAGCCAACUGUGUGUAUAAAAUUAUAGCAUUCAGUAUUAAAAUAAAUAAUGUGGCCACUGU